AACUCCUGGUGUGUUUGCUGCCAAUUCCGAAGGAAUUCUGUCAUCUUGCUCCGUGAAUUUCCCACUUUGGCGCUCCCAGAGAACACACUUCAAGACCUGAAAGAUCACCUCUUGAGAGGAAGCUAUGAAGUUAACCAAGAUGCCUAUGAAAAUGACAGUAGCCCUGAUCCUGAUGCAUCUGAGCAUCUUCAUUGGAUCUGGGACUGGUGGGAAGGUGCUGGUGUGGCCAGUGGAGUUCAGCCACUGGCUCAACUUAAAGAUAAUCCUAAAUGAGCUUGUGAAGAAGGGUCAUGGAGUGGUUGUACUGAGACCUUCAGUUUUCCUUUCUUAUGAGAUUAACAAUACAUCUUCUAUUGAAUUUGAGACAUAUCCUGCAUCAUAUUCCAGGGCUGAUGUAGAGGAUCUUUUCAUGGACUCCAUCACUAAGAGCAUUUACGAGCUGCCAAAGCAGUCACCUUGGGGAUAUAUUUUAAUGUUGCAAAAAAUGAUUGUAACAAAUACAAAAUAUUUUGAGAGCCUCUGCAAAGAUGUAGUUUUUAAUGAAGAACUCAUGACAAAGCUACAAAAGUCUAGUUUUGAUGUCAUCCUGGCAGAUCCCUUCAUACCCUGUGGUGACCUGCUGGCCGAGAUCCUCAAGAUCCCCCUUGUAUACAGUCUUCGCUACUCUCCUGGCUCCAUUUAUGAGAAGUACAGUGGUGGACUCCCACUGCCUCCUUCCUAUGUACCUGCUGCCAUGUCAGGACUGAGGGACAGGAUGACUUUCAUGGAGAGGCUGAGAAAUGUCAUCUAUGUGCUGUGCUUUGACUUUUGGUUCCAAACAUUUUAUGAGAACUGGAAUCAGCUUUACAGUAAAGUAUUAGGAAAACCCACGACACUCUUAGAGACUAUGGCAAAGGCAGACAUAUGGCUCAUUAGGACCUACUGGGAUUUGGAAUUUCCUCAUCCUGUCUUACCAAAUUUUGAUUUUGUUGGUGGCCUCCACUGCAGACCUGCCAAGCCCCUGCGUCAUCCUAAAACCAGAGCUUUUAUAACUCAUGGUGGCACCAAUGGCAUCUAUGAGGCGAUCUACCAUGGGAUUCCUGUGGUUGGCAUUCCUUUGUUUGGAGACCAAUUUGAUAACAUUGUUCGAUUGAAGACCAAAGGAGCAGCUGUGAGACUGGACUUUCUCACAAUGUCCAGUACAGAUUUGCAUACUGCACUGAAGACAGUCACAAAUGACCCUUUCUAUAAGGAGAAUGCCAUGCGGUUAUCAAGAAUUCACCAUGAUCAGCCAGUGAAGCCCCUGAACAGAGCAGUGUUCUGGAUUGAGUUUGCCAUGCGUCACAAAGGAGCCAAGCAUCUUCGUGUGGCAGCUCAUGACCUCAGCUGGGUCCAAUACCACUCUCUGGAUGUGCUUGGGUUCCUGCUGGCCUGUGUGCUGACUGUGAUGUUCAUCCUCACAAAGUGUUGUCUCUUUUGUUGCCAGAAGUUGACUAAAGCUGGAAGGAAGAAGAAAGGGGAGUAGCUGAACUGGGAAAGACUGGCACAUGGACCUUUCCAGUGCAUCACAGUAAGGGAGGCAAUGAUGGUAGGGUCCUUCAUCUUGGUACAAGAUACUUUUUCAAUAAUUAUGUAUCAAUCAAGAUAGUUUUCUCUCUCAGAGAUUUAAUAAGUCUCUUGGAAUUAGCACUUCAGCUAAAGAUAAAAUUGGAAAGGAAAAAUAAAUAAAGUUAACACAGUCACAACAAGAGUACACCCAAAAAUUAUACAAAUUCAUUUCUACAAAAUAAAAGUUAAACCAAAGAAUGUUAUGGCUAAAGGGUUGGCUCCAUGGUCAAACCAUUUGUGAGGCAAGACUUGCUCCUUGAUUUGGGAUGCCAGGAACUCAGAUGACAGCCAUAUCCAGUAGCAUCUGGUACUGCAGUAUAAGAAAACCAAGAGAUGUGAAACAGAGCCAGGACAAUUAUCUGAAGCUCUCAGGUCAACCAGCCGGAUUUUCAGCAAGAAAUAGCAUGCCUCAGCAGGUGGAAGGGAAACA